AUGAAAUCUUUGUAUCCAAUUAGACCAAUUACAGCCGUCCCAAAGUUUAAUUCUACCUCUUACUCCAAAAUUUAUGUUAUCACCAGUGUUGCUACGCCUACGCUCAAUUUCUGGGUUUCAUCACCACAUCCAAUUCGCUCACUGAAUGAUUUUCCCAAGCCACACCCACACACUGCUCUAAGAUCUCAGUCUCCUUCAAACCCACAAAGCAACGAGCAAGAGAAAGAUGAAGUGGAAGAAGAAGAAGACCCAGAUGCCCAAGUCCAAGACCUUGUGGUCCCAGAGCGUUGGUUGGUCCCUUCCAAGGCCUUGGAGGAAUCAGAGUGGCUAAGGGUUACUUUGCAUAAGUGGUUGGAUGAUGAGUAUUGCCCAGAAGCCACCAAUGUUGAAAUCAGCAAGAUUGCUGCUCAGUCAUACUACAAAUCUUUGCUGGGAAAACAGACUGACUUGGGUGAGAUUUUGCUGAAGAUGGCUAUAGGAUUGGAAUCUAUUUCCUACCAGGAAAGCUUCCAUGGGGCAUUCUCAUCCGCCAACGCAGCAGUGAAUUUGAUUGCCCAACGGAUAGAGCAGUCCUGA